UGCUUUCCCUAACCCCUCCUCUUUCUCUUCAGUCUGUUCCCCCUCCUCUCCCAGCAGCUCCACAGGUUCAAACUCUUCUCCCGGAGAGUGGCGGUGAUCGCGAGGUCACGUGAUGAGCAUCCUGCUGCCCAACAUGGCGGAGUUCGACACCAUCUCGGAACUGGAGGAGGAGGAAGAAGAGGCAGCAACAUCGUCGUCGUCGUCGUCCUCGUCGUCUUCGUCCGUAUCUGGGCCCGAUGAGGACGAGGAAGACGAGGAGGAGGAAGAAGAGGAGGAAGAGGAGGAGGAGGAAGAAGAAGAAGAAGAGGAGGAGGAGGAGGUGACGCCCCCGCCUCGGGUAGUGAGCGAGGAGCAUCUGCGGAGAUAUGCCCCAGACCCUGUGUUGGUGCGCGGCGCUGGCCACAUCACUGUGUUUGGAUUGAGCAACAAGUUUGAUACAGAAUUUCCGUCAGUUCUGACAGGGAAGGUGGCUCCAGAAGAAUUUAAGACCAGCAUUGGCCGUGUGAACUCGUGUUUGAAAAAGGCUCUCCCAGUCAAUGUGAAAUGGCUGCUGUGUGGAUGUCUCUGCUGCUGCUGCACCCUGGGGUGCAGCCUGUGGCCUGUUAUUUGUCUCAACAAAAGAACCAGAAGAUCGAUUCAGAAGUUACUAGAAUGGGAAAAUAACAGAUUAUACCACAAGCUUGCUUUGCACUGGAAGUUGACUAAAAGAAAAUGUGAAACUAGCAAUAUGAUGGAGUAUGUAAUACUAAUAGAGUUCUUACCAAAAUACCCCAUAUUCCGACCCGACUGAGGAGUUUUGUUCUGUCACUUCUGUGUUAUCUGUCAUUUCCUACCCUUAGUGCCUUGUAGAUGAUCUUGGAAUGGAGACAGUCUCCUUUGCUGUGUUCAAUUUAUUCUUUACAACAGUAGAAUAUUCUCACUAUUUUAUUUGUGUUGAUUUAAGAAGACAAUUUGCACAUCUUUUUGUUAUUAAAUGAGGCUUGUGUUUUGCACUCUCAAUUUUUAAAUACACACAAACAUAUACACGUGUAUAUAUAGUUGACACUAAAAACAUCAGUGCUGGUGUUUAAAGAAACAACAACAACAACAAAAAACCCUUUGUUCUGAGCAUGCCACCUUAUGAUUUUCAUACUCACUGUUUCUAAAUAUGCAUCAUUUUUCUAGGCUAUUUAAUGCUCUGUAACACCUUACUGGACACACCUAAAUAAGCUUUUGGUAGCUUUUAGAAAUGGUUUUACUCUGCUUUCAAAGAACAUGCAAUUAAUAGCACUGGUUUCCUCCUGCACUUUGCUAAAUUGUCACUUAUGUUAGUGGAUAAAAUAUUUAAACUCCUAAAGACUUGUAAAUAUUGUCUCUUUGCAUAAUGUAAAAUGUGGUAUGCCAUGGUUUACAGAAUGUAUUAUUCUCAGUGUAUUGCCAACAAUUCCACAUAGAUUUUAAUGUGAAUGAACUUUGCAAGCAUCCUUUUGAAUGUAGAGACCUUUAACGUGCUGUUUCUUGGCAAAGCCAAAAUGAGUAUGUUAAAUUUCAGGUGUGGGGCCGGAUUGCCCUUCUUAACAAGUGGAUUAAAACUGAAAUCAUUAUUCAGAUCUUGUACAUUACACCUGAGACCAAGAACCUUAUUUUUUUCAUUUGGUUCAUUGUGAUUCAUUUAUCCUCCACUUCACCCUCCCCCACCCCCAUGUUUGAUAUCAAAUACAUCUUAGGGCCUCACUGGCUCUCAUUUCCUUUCCCUUAUGUAUCCUUUCCCUCCUUUGAAAAUACACAGAUUUUAAGUGUCUUGAGAGCCUGGCUCACGCCUGUAAUCCUAGCACUAUGGAAGCAGAGACUGGUGGGUCUCAAUGAGCUUGAGACCAGCCUGAUCUACAGAGUGAGUUCCAGGACAGCCAGAGCUACACAGAGAAACCCUGUCUUGAAAAACAAUAAACAAACAAACAAAAAGAUGUCUUGAGAUUUUGGCUCCUGUGAGGUAUCAAGGCCCCCAUGAAAGCCUUGGUUUAUCCUCUUCUGAAGUUCCUGUGUUCUGCAUUGAAAAAGAGUGCUGACAAUCUCUACCUGUGUAGCCUGUCAGAGUUGAUAAAAUAGGCUCAGCUUUCUGCUUGAGGAUAUUUUUUAAACAUUUGGAAAUUAUUAAGGAAAAAGUAAAAUUUAGAUAAAAUUGUUUUUGUUUUUAAAUUGACCACGUGUUUUGAUUGGUACAUGCAUCUUUUUCUGACUUCACAAUUAAAUUGAGUAAGAUUACCACUCUGGUUCUACUACCAUUUGAAAUUAUAACAAAGGUUUUAUAUCAUAUUAAUUCAACUGCAAGUGAAGGCCUGUAUGUGGGUGUGGUUUAUAAUUUACAUUGGCUGACAUACAUUCUCUUUGUUCUUCAAUUCUUAACUACUUUUAAGUAAGUUCAUCCCAGUGAACCGAACAAUCACACAAGGUCAAGUGUUUUUAAAAGUUAUGCCUCAUCUGAAAUCCUUAGUCCUUGACUGAAGGAGGAAAGACACUCUGAUAUAUGGUUCUUAUGCUUUGCACAAACACUUUUGGAGUUCCGUUCCCCUGUGCCACUCAGCCACCCCGAAUCUCUAAGUUCUAAUAUAUUGUGUAUGCCUGCAAAUAUAUCUGCCUACUGCAAAGUUGAAGGUGUAUUUUUAUAGACAAGAAGGAAGCCUCUGAAAAUGCAUACCUAAUGUCUUGUUUUAUAGCUAAGGUCAGGGAAAAACAUAUCUAUGUUUUAGGUUCCAGCUAAUGUCAUCAAAUUUAUGUUUUAUACUGUGAUAUUUUAAUACCAAAAUUGAUGUCCAUCAUAAUACAGAAUUUUUAAUUCUUACUGGUAAAGUAAUUUUGUGAGUGUCAUCCCUCAGCAAUCUUACAUUUUGUCUGUAGCCUUAGAAUUUGGCGAAAUAGGGAUCAUAGUAACUGUUUCUGCCAUGUACAAAUCACACUUCAUUUUGUUUUUUUUUUUUUUAAAAAAAAAAGAAAAAACAAGAAGUGUAAUGAAUUGUUUCCAUGAAACAAAUAUUAAGAUAGGAAUAGAUAUUAUCUGGUGGUGACCAAGUAUAAUUCAAGUUACAAUAGUAUUUGGCAUCAGAAAACAUUUGUCAAAAUAUGUCAACUCAAUUUGAGCUACUCACUCAUAAAUGGGUUAUUUGAAUGUUCCGUAUGCUAAUAGACUGACAGUUUCUUGAGCUACCCAGAAAACCAUCUAUUUUCUCUUUUCCUUUCUUUCUUGUGUGAGUGCUUUUUUUCCACACUGUUUUUCCUUAAAGGAAGGUGAUUAGAAAUCAGGUCGUUUAGGUGGGAAAGAGGUUGUUUUCAUUGAAAUUAGCCACAGCAAAUGCUAACCUGACAGACUGUACCCUGGCUGCUAAUUCCUCCCCCACCACACUUUUUUUUUUUUUCAAUUAUCCUCAAAUAGAGUGUAACAUGUAUUUUUCUAUUGGGUUAUCCAAGAAUUUUGUGAAAGUUAUUUUUGACUGAAAAAAAUUAAUUUUGUUGAUACGUAAUAUUCCUUUAUUAAAACUGCAUGGUAGUUUCUAAAGGAUAAGGUUUUAAAAUACCAUGUUUUUGCCAAAGCAUUUAAAUCUCAUUAGCUUUGAGAUUGCAAAUUAAAAGAAUUUUUUUUUUUGUCACAUUCUGAAAAGCCUGGCAUGGUGGUUUACUCCUUUAACCCCAGCACUCAGGAGGAUAAGGCAAGAGAAUUGCUGUGAAUUUGAAGGCAGCCUGGGCUACAUGAGUUCAAAGCCAGCCUGGGCUACAGAAUGAAACCUUGUCUCAAAGAGCAGACAGGAAGACAGACAGAGAGAAAGAAAGAAAAAGAAAAAGAAACAAGUUUUCUGUUACUUCUCAUUUGAUCCAAUGGUCAUAUUAAAGCUUAUCUAGAAGGCCAAUAGCAUCUAUAUUAUUAAUAAAAAUAAGGGCAAAUCUCAUUUGUGGAUUAACCCCAUCUCAGAUGUCUUCUUCUCACUUCCCCUCUUAACCCGUGUUUAUUUAUGAAAGAGAUUAUUUUUAACUUUAGAAGUAGAUGGGAAAGUGCCUUGUCUUUCUCAAAGAUAACAUGGAAUGUGGAAGGAAGCAGAAGGAAUGAAUUCAUAAUUAGUAGAAAUGAUUCUUUUCAACUAAUCAUGAUAACACUAGGUUAUUAUAUUUCUCUUACUUAAGCAAGCCCAUUUACUUAUUUUUCCAAUGGUGAUAUAUUAAUGAUAAAAUAAUCAUGGAAUAAAAGUACCAGUCACGUAAAUAAUUAGGGUGAAUUUUAAUGCUAGUAAGCAUAGAAUUGACUAUAGUUCUGGAUGGACAAUGGUCUUUGAUUGAAGACUGUACCAAAACUGACAUAAGAAUUGAUGUCCAUAUUUCUUAUAUUAGCAUGACCUGUCAUAAACACUAAUAUCUCAGAAAUUAAACUGUGUUGAUGCCUAGCAUUGCCCUUUUUAAUGAGAGUUAUUGUUGCCUUUGAUAAUUUUAGAAAACCUCAAUAACAUUUGUAAGCCUAACAACAGUUAGGGAUUUUCAAAUGGCUGAGACCUUUACAAAUCAUUAGCACUUUUAUUUUUGCUUACAGGUAAGCUGCCACUUAGAAUUUAAACCGCUACUUGAACAUGAAGUUCCCAAACAAUAUUUCGCUUGAAAUUACUAUAUGUCCUAGGCAAAUACAGAAAUUAUACUCAUCUGAGUAAUUGGGACAGUUUUACAUAGCAGAAAUACUUUUCACUAAAUUGACAGGAAUUGUUCAUUUCAUUCAAGUUAAGUCCGAUUAUGCCUAUAAAAGUCUGCUUCUUAUGAAAAGGUUUAUUUUACAACUAUCAAAUCAUUCAGGUUCCCUUAAGUGGUGAACUGUUGGGAAAUUUUUCCUAGUAAAGAAUAAGUUUAUUAAUACUUUAAUAAACUUAAUAAGUUUAUCAUAUACUUUGUGAGCUAAAAAUAAUUGAAGGAUAUUCGUAAGUAUAUCUUUCCGUGUGUGUGAGUGUGUGUGUGUGUGUGUGUGUAUAAUCCUUAUCUUGCUCAAACUUUUCCUUACCUGAUUCUGAGCCAGCCUUUUUAUUUUGAUGAUAGCAACCUGAGAAUAUGUUCCAUUUUCUGUGAAUUUUGUCAAAGUCAGACUUACUGAAGAAACAGUUUAUCUAAUAUUGUGAGCCCCAGGCAAGUGACCUAAAUUACAUGUCAGUGUUUUCAUUUGUAAAAGUAGUGGGUUGAACCUGAGCUAGACAGAGAAUGAGAGGUGAGCUAACAUUCUGUGGUUCUGAGAAGGCCUUGAAAAUCUUUGCUGUGCAGAGUGUGAGAAUAGUUAUUGUCAGAUCUACACUUGGGAAACUCAUACUGUCUUGCACACAGUUUGAGUUGAGGUUGCUGGCUGGCUGCUAGUUGAUGUGUGUCAGUAAAUACACACUCAAAGAACCUGAUGCCUGGUAGACCUUAUUCCCUCUGUCCUGAUAAAAGUGAAUGUAGUUUCCCUAGGAAGUGAGGGCUGGGAUCUCUGUUUGCCAUGUGGUGUGUCACUGUGCCGUCCGUAUCUAGGCAAGAAGUGCAGGUGUGACAAGAGCAGACAUGUAAAAGGAUCUGCUUAGAGCAUGUGAAGAGUUGCAUAUUCAAUUUCACAUCUGCUUCAGUGUCUCACCAGGUUCCCUACUCACAAAAAGAUCCGUUGGAAUGGAUUUAGAAAUGUAGGUGGAAAGGAAAAUGGCGUACAGUUCCAACCCAAGUCAGUUCUGGUUUAGUUCUUUGCCCUGCUGCUUAAUUCCUCUGUACCUCAUGUCCUCAUUGCUGAAGUGGGGACAAGAAUCUGGACCUACCUCACAGGGGAAUUGAGGGUCUUUUUUCAUGUGUUCGUGUAGUUAGAAGCUGACUAGAAGAAAUAAUGGAUAACAGUUAUAUAAUUCUAAGUAGAUGUGACUUUUGAUCUGUUAUGUUCUUUUUCUCAGUAAUACCCUACAGAGUGUUACAUUGAUUUUUUUUUUUCAGUAGUCAUUUUUGUUGCUAGUGCCCUAUUAAACAUGAGUGAUUGUACUAUGUCAAUACUUGAUUUAGGGAGGAAAGCAGGUGGGUGUGAACCAGUGGCUCUCAGUUUGGGGCAGAUAAAGAAAGAUAGCAGUGGAGUGUAUCCUUGAGCCUCUCUCAAAAAUUUAUGAAAAAAAAAAAAAACACACUAAAGGCCACACACUGACCUAUCACAUUCUUACUACACCAGCCAAACAAGACAUGGAAUCACCAUGCAUUUUGCUCAUGUGCUUUCCUGUUCUGUCUGUUAACAUUGCUUACCCACACUGAUUGAAAGCUGGGAAUGGAAGUGUGCUUGUAACUAAUGGAAAUGAGAAAGAUGUCCUUAAGUGUACUUUAAUAUAUACUUGAAAAUGGGGAAGGAAUUAAGAGAUCUAUAUUAUGAAAAUGUUGGGAGCCACUUUUAUAAAAGAACUAUUUGAUCCUCUCAACACGUUGCUUCCUAGUCCCUGAAUGAGAGAGAGAGAGAUUGAGAGAGAGAGAGAGAGAUUGGCUAGGUUGAGGUAUAAAUUCAGUCUUCAGUUUUGCUUUGUUUCAGGAUUCUGGAACUGAACUGAUUCGAUGAGCUAUGUCCAUGUACACACACAGGAUUGCAAAUGUGCAGUGUUCUAGUGUCAUGUUCUAGUAACAAUUUCUAAGUCUAAGUAACAAUUUCUCUGCCUCUUAAAGUAAUUGUGUGUGUAAAGUUUGUAUGGUAAUCAAGGCAAUAAGUUCUCAAAUGUUCCUUUUACUCCUGCUUAUUUAAUUUGCUUUUAUCUUGGCAUAAUCUUCCUGCUUUUCUGUUUUUCGUGUAAGCAAAUAGUUAAAAAUUGUUUUAAUGCCUGGACUUUGAAACAAGUUACAAAUGUUUGAAAUUAUAUAAUCUACAAGCUAGUUUGUCAUCCUUGGACUAACCACAUACAAGUAUGAAUCUGUACUGCAACAACAGGACAUCCAGAUAGCUACAGAGCUGGCGUUGUUCAAAAAAAUCUGGUUGAAAAUGAAACAACUUCUACAUUUUGGCAGAGGAUUCCUGUUGGGACAGCUUUACCAGAAGAGAAUAAUAGUGGAUAUGUCCAUCAAACCAAGAACUUUCAUGCAUCUUGUAGUGUUAUGUAGCCUGUGGAAUGAAUUCUUCUUCCCCCUUGAGUCCAGGGCUGAUUCCCCUGGAAGAACUCAACCUAUAUACAGCUGUGCCAAAAUGAAGGCUACUUGCCUCUGAAACUUUCACUGCUGCUUCUGUCAUUGUUCACUUGUCAGAUAAAAUUUUAUUCUCAGGAUGCAAAUUCCAAUAAAGUGCAAAUCUGUG